ACCGGGAGACGGGAUGCCUUCCGAGGGGAGGACACCCGGGAGACGGGAUGCCUUCCGAGGGGAGGACACCCGGGAGACCGGAUGCCUUCCGAGGGGAGGACACCCGGGAGACGGGAUGCGUUCCGAGGGGAGGACACCCCAGGAGACAGGCCGCAUUCCGAGGGGAGGACACCCGGGAGACGGGAUGCGUUCCGAGGGGAGGACACCCGGGAGACGGGAUGCGUUCCGAGGGGAGGACACCCCAGGAGACAGGCCGAGUUCCGAGGGGAGGACACCCCGGGAGACAGGCCGCGUUCCGAGGGGAGGACACCGGGAGACCGGAUGCCUUCCGAGGGGGGACACCCCAGGAGACAGGCCGCGUUCCGAGGGGAGGACACCCGGGAGACGGGAUGCGUUCCGAGGGGAGGACACCCGGGAGACGGGAUGCGUUCCGAGGGGAGGACACCCCGGGAGACGGGAUGCCUUCCGAGGGGAGGACACCCCAGGAGACAGGCCGCAUUCCGAGGGGAGGACACCGGGAGACGGGAUGCGUUCCGAGGGGAGGACACCCCGGGAGACAGGCCGAGUUCCGAGGGGAGGACACCCCAGGAGACGGGAUGCCUUCCGAGGGGGGACACCCCAGGAGACAGGCCGCAUUCCGAGGGGAGGACACCCGGGAGACAGGCCGAGUUCCGAGGGGAGGACACCCCGGGAGACAGGCCGCGUUCCGAGGGGAGGACACCCCAGGAGACGGGAUGCGUUCCGAGGGGAGGACACCCCAGGAGACAGGCCGCGUUCCGAGGGGAGGACACCCCGGGAGACAGGCCGAGUUCCGAGGGGAGGACACCCCGGGAGACGGGAUGCGUUCCGAGGGGAGGACACCGGGAGACGGGAUGCCUUCCGAGGGGGGACACCCCAGGAGACAGGCCGCAUUCCGAGGGGAGGACACCCGGGAGACAGGCCGAGUUCCGAGGGGAGGACACCCCAGGAGACAGGCCGAGUUCCGAGGGGAGGACACCCCAGGAGACAGGCCGCGUUCCGAGGGGAGGACACCCCGGGAGACAGGCCGAGUUCCGAGGGGAGGACACCCCGGGAGACGGGGAUGCGUUCCGAGGGGAGGACACCCGGGAGACGGGAUGCGUUCCGAGGGGAGGACACCCGGGAGACGGGAUGCGUUCCGAGGGGAGGACACCCCAGGAGACAGGCCGAGUUCCGAGGGGGGACACCCCGGGAGACGGGAUGCGUUCCGAGGGGAGGCCAGUGCGACGGUGUCUGAACAUCAGCAGAGAACAGAAGGAGUGCGUUUGAGAACACUGAUUAUACCGGAAUACUUAUUUAUUUCUAUUUAACACAACUGGGCAGUAGUCAGGAAUAGAGUUAGCUUUACCAAAACUGAAGUUCAAAUUACAUAAUUUUAAAAUAUUAUAGUAAGAUUUAUAUUUAUACUGGAGUAUUUUUACACCUUUAAUAUUCUCGGGCUUGAGUUUUGAGACAGAUGAAAAUUAUAGCAGAUGCUGACCCGUCGGGGAAAGGUCCGCGGAGGCCUUCCACUGGCAUGGCUCGCUGCCUGUCUGUGCUCCUCGCCGCUGUGUCCCAGUGGCUGAGAGCUCCGGGCAGGCCAGUGGCUGUCUGACCGUCUGAGUGGACAGAGACUAUGGCAGCAGGGAGAGGCUCACCACCCCCUGGGCCAGUACAAUCGCCUAUUUCUGUGAAUAGUUUUAACGGCACAGGCCACGCCCGUGUGCUUAUAUACUGUCUGUGGCUGCUUUUGCAGCGACAUUGGCACUUGGGGAGUUGACACGGAUGCCAUGACCCAUGAAACCUAAAAUAUUCACCAUCUGGCCCUUGACAGGCGAGCCCUUGAGGACCCACUUGUGCUCAUUCCCUCCUGGGUAUUUAUACACAAGCUGGCUACUCCCUGUCCGGCAGCACACACCCUAUGGGGGCACCGUUGUCACCUGUCCAAUACAGUACAGGGUGACAGUUUAGCUGUACUGUGAAAUGAUUACCCUGAGUAGUUUCCUUCCACUGAUUUACCACUGACACUCUAUGAAAUCUGGUGGUCCAGGGGCCUGGCCUUUGUCUGUGGGCACGUGGAGAGCAUGGCCGGGUGGUGGCGUGCCAGGCAGUGGUCACUGUGCUUGGAGAUGCUGUAGUUAACUCUCUCUCUUCCUUUAGACUUUUGAAAAACCAAACCAAGCCAAACAAAGGAAACCUGCACAACUUAAAAUAAACUUGAAAGUGAUCAUAUACUACUAGUUUGUACUAAGUUUUUUCAGGAAAGGGAAAUAAAAUUUAUAUAUACAUGCAAUAUAUUUUUACACCAUCUUAUUGUUAGGGAGUACUGAGUGUAUCACUUUAUCAGAGUGAUGGGUACAGUAACGUCAAUGUCAUGGGUGUUCUGCCUCAGAAAGUCUAAAUGGCAUUCAGCAGGAACAUCCGUGGGGUUGGGAGGGCCCUGCUCCCCCUCCCUCGGAGUGCGAGGCUCGGGGUCACCUAUGGGGGUGCUGUCAAGGCCUGGCCUGCAAACCUUUAGUGAAACAGCUAAUGUCUGUCUGCACAAUGCUCCUCAUGUGUUCGCUGUUGUUAACAUUGUUGUCAAAAGUGAUAAAUAAAGUGUUAAAUGGUGGAUCUCUUA